AUGCGCUCCAAGUUGUGCCUAGCUUUGUGCCUUAUGGCCCUGAUCGUGGGUGUGCCCGCCCCCUCGCCACCUGCUUCCACUUCUCCAUCGGAUCCAGCUACUCCAGCAUCUCCGGCUUCUCCAACAACUCCGCCUGCUUCAACAUCGCCAACCGAUCCAGCUUCUCCAGCCACACCAGCAUCGCCGACGACUCCAACUUCACCAAGCACUCCACCAGCAACCCCAGGGUCCCCUACCUCACCGUCUUCUUCAACCCCUCCGGCUGACGCCGCACCUGCCCCUCAGGCAGCUGCUUCAGGCGCUCAGACUCCCACGAGCUCCGGCUCAGGCAGUGGGGGCAGUGGAGGCAGUCGAGGCAGUGCCAGGCGUCGCCGCCAGAGAAGAGAACGCAGGCAAGAACGCCGCAGGCAAGAGCGCCGCAGGGAACGGCGCCAGAGAAACAGGAAUAGGAACAGCAAUAGAAACAGCAACAGGAACCGCGGAAGUGGCAACAGGAAUCGCAGGGGCUGA